GUCAGAAUAUUAUUAAUUUUGAUAAAAUUUAACAGUAUUUCAUAUUUUCAUAAUUAUACGGAUGAUAAAAUUGUCAAGCUUCGAAAGGAAUAAAGAAAUUAUAUUUCUGCAGGAUUAGGCGAUCUGUCAAUGAAACAGCUGUUUGAACAUUUUUUAAUGUGUGCGAUAUGUAUGUCAUAUUAUGUGUCUUGUUUUAACACUGUAUAAAUUUUCAAUAUUGUACUGGUAUAGUUUAUAUCGGAACACACAGUAUAUAUUAUAGUACGUGCACACAAGAGAAUGUAUCAUUCGAUAAAGUUUUGCAAAGUUUUUCUGUAACGAACAUUUCUUAAUAUGCAAUAUUAUAUACGCAAUGACUGCCAUUUACUGAAACAAAUCAAUUUUAUCGCUAUCUACUAGUCUACUGCUGGUUUUUAAAAUGGAUUUUAGUAAAGAACCUUUGGAUCCAUCCCAAUUAAACAUUACAACAAGGCCAUUGCAUCAACCUCUUCUCGAUGAGUUAAUGAACGUCCUAGCAGGAGGAUUGACUACAAAUUUUGAGGAAGCUACUAUCGAAAUAGCAGAUUGUCCUGAUUUGGAUGAAUGGCCCUACCUUUUCUACCGUAAAGGUUUGUGUGGUAAUCCAAUUAUUUUGGAUAUUGGUGGACCAGCAUAUCUUUUACCGACUGCCCAGGAAGACAAGUUCUAUGAUAUUAAGUUGAUACUACGUCACUUAAAUUACAAUCAUGAUACACUCGUCAUUGGUGCAGGAGCUGGACCAUGGCUACAUACUGGUUAUAAUUGCGAACUUAUUAUGAAAGUAAAUAUACAGGUAAAUAAUAAAGUUGACCCGAUAAAUAAUGGAGUAAGGAAUGGGACACAUUAUGCAUUUGUAAACAAAUCCACUGGAGAAUGCAGCGUUAAGCGAGUACUUGCCAAUGAAGAUGAAACAACUUUUGCAUCAAUAGCUAAUUUAUACGUGUCCGAAGGCAACCCAGGAAAAGUCAUAAGGGUACGUGCUAAAAAGCGUAUCGGAAAACUGGAUUUCAUAUCAUGUAUGCAAAAAGUCUUGGAAAAUCAUUAUAAAGAUAAUCUUGUUGGUUUGGGUGGUAUGUUUGUGAUGAAGAACGGGAAAAUAAAACAGCAUGUUAUGCCGAAUUUCUUCGACACUCCACUGAAUACUGAAACUCAAGUUAUCAACUGGUUACAUUUCUACGAUAUGGAAACUCCUUUGGUAGCUGUUGGCACAUUCGUUAGCGCCGAGACGGAUUUAGAUCUCAAUGUACAGCAUUUCCAUAGUGCCUCUAAUGAAAAUCAACUAGGUGGACAUUAUCACAUUGAUACGACGCCAGAUACUAUUGAGUAUGAAGGCUAUUUUAAUGUAGCAACUACGCUUUAUCGCGUCGAUCAACCUCCAAAUAAAAUAAAAUUGCAAUUUGGUAAAGAUUAAUUCCAUUAAAUUGUCGAGUUUAAGAAAUAACUUUAUGCAUAAACAACGAAACCAGAGAAAACUGAUGUAUUUUAUAUAACUGAUAUAUUUUACAUAAGUGAUAUAUAAUUUGUAC